AGCCCGGAGUACCCGGAUGAGGGCAAACCGUUGGGGGUACUUGCGAAGUGGUGUCUGCUGCGGAGGUGGCUGAGGCUGGCGUGAGCCGGGGCGGGGGGCGGGGAGGUCCUUCUACACUCUCGGAGUUCACCUGCUGGCCCCCGUGCCCCUCAGAGCCCGUCCUCUUCUUCCCUCCUUCAUUGCUUCAGGAGCCCUCAGGACUGUUCCUGUUUUGGGAACCGAAAGGACCGCAGAGGCCUAGAGAGAGAGUUGACAACGAUCUGGGAACAUCUCCGACUAGAAAUGUGCCUCUCUGCCCUUACCGCUUCCAAAUCCAGCCGGUGCCCCCACCCGGCCUUAAAACAACCAGCCCGCCUCACCUGAGGGCCGGGAUGCUCACCUUCAGACGCGGGAAGGGCUCACCAACUCACUCACCCAGCAUUAUCAGUGCUCCCGUUGCCAUGCAAAUUCUGAACUUAGACACAAAAUCUAAACUUCGAUGCCAGAACCUUAAUGACCCAGAAGGAGAUUCCAGUCAGCAGUGCAAGGCCUGAUGUGGCCAGGUGACAUCAGACAGGCUCCCCAAGGAGCUUGAAGCAUCUGCAGAAUGCCAGAGAAAACCAAGUCCUAUUAUAGAGAUGAGGCUGCUCAGGCUCAGAGGGAAUCUGUUUACCUAAGAUCUCCCCAGUUGAGGCAGAGAAGAUCCUGAGGUACAGAACCAGAUCUGUACCAGGUUGUUACAGUGAUGUGUGUACACACACAUGCAGAAUGAGCCCAGGACACUGGUAACCUAGGUGGAAAUGAGUUGUAUGAUUUACACCUGAGGUUUGGCACAGCAGGUACUCUACCUAAACAAACUGAAAUAGAGCACAGGCUUUGUAAAAAGACUAGGCAUGGAUUUGAAUCCUGACUUAACUAGUAUGACUGGGACGAAUCACUAGAUCUCUUGAGUUUUCUAUAAGUAAAAUGGGGUCACCAGCAGUUUGCUCCCUCCUGGUGUGGUGCCAAGGCCAGUAAGAGCAAGUAUGUGAAGAUCUUUGUAACUUUUUCACUUCUAAGGCAUGUGGGUAACUUUGCUCCUUGAUUAUGAGGUGGGUACUGUUUCUAGGCAUUAAAGGCAGCCCUGUGCCAGGCAUGGAUCGAUCUGUCUUCCGGCAGCUAAGUUCAGGUUUGAACCUUGGUCAGCCCCAUGCUGUUCUCCAUCCCUAGCCCACGUACUAGAGUUUGGACUUGGAUCAAAGUCUGGGGACAGCUCCCUACUUCUGAGGCACUGGAGGUGUGAUUGUGCUAGUUGGUUGCAAGUGCCUUCAGCAGUUUGUAUCUUUACCACCCCUGCAGGUGCCUUCACUGUGCUCAGACCUACGUAGCACUUACAGGAUUCUCCACCCUGUAGUAGCUCAGUGCAGAAGUGUGACCUCAGCGUGUUUCAGAGCCUCCCCACCAUGACUUCCAAGAAGCUGUUGAACUCAGUGGUAGGCUGUGCUGAUGAUGCCCUUAAUGGACUGGUGGCCUGCAACCCCCAGCUGCAGCUCCUGGAAGGCCACCGUGUAGCCCUCCGUUCUGACCUGGACAGCCUCAAGGGCAAAGUGGCACUGCUGUCAGGUGGCGGCUCCGGCCAUGAGCCUGCUCAUGCUGGUUUUGUUGGGAAAGGUAUGCUGACUGGAGUCAUUGCAGGAGCUGUGUUCACCUCCCCUGCCGUGGGCAGCAUCCUGGCAGCCAUCAGGGCCGUGGCCCAGGCAGGCACAGUGGGAACCCUCCUCAUUGUGAAGAACUACACUGGGGACCGGCUCAACUUUGGUUUGGCCCGAGAGCAGGCCCAGGCUGAGGGCAUCCCCGUGGAGAUGGUGGUCAUUGGGGAUGACAGUGCCUUUACUGUCCUGAAGAAGGCAGGCCGGAGGGGCCUCUGUGGCACAGUGCUUAUUCACAAGGUGGCAGGUGCCCUGGCUGAGGCAGGUAUGGGGCUGGAGGAGAUCACAAAUCGGGUGAGCGUGGUGGCCAAGGCAAUGGGUACCCUGGGAGUGAGCUUGUCCUCCUGCAGUGUCCCUGGCUCCAAACCCACCUUUGAGCUCGCAUCCAAUGAGGUGGAGCUGGGCCUGGGAAUCCACGGGGAAGCUGGUGUACGUCGGGUAAAGAUGGCAACUGCUGACGAGAUUGUCACACUCAUGCUCAACCACAUGAUGGAUGCCUCCAGUGCAUCCCAUGUGCCUGUGCCAUCAGGCUCCUCAGUGGUACUGAUGGUCAACAACCUGGGUGGCCUGUCUUUCCUGGAGCUGGGCAUCAUAGCUGAUGCUGCUGUGCGCUCUCUGGAGGGCCGUGGGGUGAAGGUGGCCCGGGCCCUGGUAGGCACCUUCAUGUCAGCACUGGAGAUGCCUGGCGUUUCUCUCACACUCCUGCUGGUGGAUGAGCCUCUCCUGAAACUGAUAGAUGCUGAAACCACUGCAGCAGCCUGGCCUAAUGUGGCCAAGGUCUCCGUGACUGGGCGGAAGCGGAGUCGGGCAGCCCCCACCGAGCCCCGGGAGGCCCCUGAUCCCACUGAGGCAGGAGGUAUAGCCUCAAAACAGAUGGCACUUGUGUUGGAACGGGUGUGUACCACCCUCUUGAGCCUGGAGGAGUACCUGAAUGCACUGGACCGAGCUGCUGGUGAUGGAGACUGUGGCACUACCCACAGUCGUGCUGCCAGAGCUAUCCAGGAGUGGCUGAAGGAGGGACCACCCCCUGCCAGCCCUGCCCAGCUCCUCUACAAGUUGUCUGUGCUACUGCUGGAGAAAAUGGGAGGCUCAUCUGGGGCGCUCUAUGGCCUGUUCUUGACUGCGGCUGCCCAGCCCCUCAAGUCCAAGACUGACCUCCCAGCCUGGUCUGCUGCCAUGGAUGCCGGCCUGGAGGCCAUGCAGAAGUAUGGAAAGGCUGCACCAGGGGACAGGACUAUGCUGGAUUCUCUGUGGGCAGCAGGACAGGAGCUUCAAGCCUGGAAGAGCCCAGGGGCUGAUCUCAUCUCGGUUCUGAUCAAUGCAGUCAAGAGUGCCAAAGCUGCAGCUGAGGCCACCAAAAACAUGGAAGCUGGAGCUGGAAGAGCCAGUUACAUCAGCUCUGCACAGCUGGAUCAGCCAGACCCUGGAGCAGUGGCCGCUGCCUCCAUCCUCAGUGCCAUCCUAGAGGCCUUGCAGAGCCAGGAUAUGUGACUGCCACCCUCAACCUCGGCCCUAUCUUGCUGCUGUGCAGAGAUGCCCAUUGUCACUUCCUUCUAUCUUCCAACGGUUACCUUCCCCCUCCCUCUACCCUGGGCCUGUGCUCUGAGUCCAGCAGGAAAUCCUCCACCAAAGCUCAGAACUGCUCUAUGCAGACAGCUCCAGGCUGGUGUGAGCCAUGUACCCCCUCUAGUACUGUCUUCUUUUUCAUCAGAGAGGGUGGAGUCCUGGGUCAUCAGUCAUAAGCCAGCACUGGGCAUCAGUCAUAAGACAUUUCCUGGAAGACUCCAUCCCUCUCCUUCUGAAAGGCCUUCUGCACGUGAACCCAAAUCAGUGUGGAAAGAAUGCUAAUAAAACACAUUGAAACUAUAAAGCUGCUGCCUCUGUGAGGGACCUUUGCCCUGGCUUCAGUGAUCACCACCUGUCUCCUUCCAGGCAGCACCCCACCACCUGUGCCCCAGAGGCAGGCUCUGCUCAGCCAGGCUGGUUCCACUGGGCCCCAUUCCUGUUCUUCCAUCACACACACACCACACUGGAUACAUGUGAGAAUGGUAGAAAGGCUUUUCUCAGCCCCAGAUUAACAAUGCAGUGAUUCUUUGGGAACAGGACAGGCAUUUGGGACACAAGAAGGAAAAUAAAUCAUGUUUUAAGAUUCAGCUAUAGAUCAGAAACUGCAGCCAGCCCCCUGAUCUCUUUCUAUAGCAAUCACUGAUGACACCUGUGUUAGGAGGGGCAGCUAACAGUACCUGAUUGAGAUAACACACACACACACACAACACCUGGCACAUCUGCAGGAUAGAGAUGGCUCAAGACUCUGCCCAUGGCUCACAUCCACCUAAAGUCUGAUUCUGCUUUAAACCAGUUACGUGAACUCAGGCCCAUAUUUAGCCUCUUGGGAUCUGUAAGUUAGAAUGGUAUCCAUCUUACAGGGAUGCAAAAGGGUUCAGACCUGCUGAAGGUGCAGGCCCUGAAGUCUGAGUGCUAACUCACUAGGAGUUAGUGCUAUUACUACUGUCAGGCACCUCGCCACCUAGGGCAUCUAUCUGUUCCACCACCACGUGGCAUCUGCAGCUGGUCACACUAGGAAAGUGGCUUUCUAUCACUUCCUUUCCCCAAACUUGGCUGCGGGCUCACUUGGCCUCUGGGCUUUCCUACCUAAGGUCCCCUGUCCAUCAACUACACCACAGGUCCUUGAUCACAAAGAUGGUCAUCAGUGUGCACUGGGAUAUGUACCCAGCAGCCAGGAAGGAGGCUAGCUUCACACAGUGGCCCUUGCCUAGCUGGGUAACCUCAGGCCAGUCACUUGUUUUUUUUUUUAGUAUUGUCCAGAUUAUGAAACAGAAACAUGUCAGCAGAGAAGGCUUGUGAUGUUUUGUGUCCCCUUAAAGUUCAUGUGCUGAAAUCCGCCCACUGUGUGAUUGUAUUAGGGGGCAGGCCCCUAUUAGGGGGUGAUUGGUUCAUGAAGGGCCCUCAACAAGGGAACUAGUGGCCUCUUCUGUGAGGGUGACUUGCAGUCUGCACCACAUGAGGCUACAGUGAGAAGAUGAUCUGCAGACUGGCCUUCAUCAGGCACCACAUCUGCUGGUGCCCUGAUCUUGGACUUCUA